GUGGGGCUAUGGCUGGGCUGACCUGGGGCUGGAGCCCCGGGCGGAGAGAGGGUCGCGCCGGCCCUGCUGGGUCCCGCCCCUUCGCCCGCCCUCCUCCUUUUUAAGCGCCUCCUGCCUAGUCUGCGCUCCCGCUCUCUGCGCCGCGCUCCCUCCUUCCCUGCCUUCCUUGUCUCCCCGGCUCCGCUCCGUUCGCGCGGCCAUCCCGCAGCCCCGGCCCAGGUACCAUGGCCGCUGUGUACCGCCCCGGCCUGCGGCUUAAAUGGCGUGGGCUGAGCCCCUGGGGCUGGCCCUCACGGCGCAGUAUCCAGACCCUGCGAGUACUGAGUGGAGACCUGGUCCAGCUGCCUGCUAGGGUUCGAGACUUCGUGGAAAACAGUGCCCGCCUGUGCCAACCAGAGAACAUCCACAUCUGUGAUGGGACCGAGGCGGAAAACACUGCCAUACUAACCCUGCUGGAACAGCAGGGGCUCAUCCGAAAGCUCCCAAAGUACAACAACUGCUGGCUGGCCCGCACAGACCCCAAGGAUGUGGCACGAGUAGAGAGCAAGACGGUGAUUGUAACUCCUUCUCAACGGGACACGGUGCCCCUCCCGGCUGGCGGGGCCCGUGGGCAGCUGGGCAACUGGAUGUCCCCAGCUGAGUUCCAGCAAGCCGUGGAUGAGAGGUUUCCAGGCUGCAUGCAAGGCCGAACCAUGUAUGUACUGCCAUUCAGCAUGGGUCCCGUGGGCUCCCCACUGUCCCGCACCGGAGUGCAACUCACGGACUCCGCCUACGUGGUGGCAAGCAUGCGGAUUAUGACCCGGCUGGGGACACCCGUGCUUCAGGCCCUGGGAGAUGACGACUUUGUCAAGUGUCUGCACUCCGUGGGCCAGCCCCUGACUGGGCAAGGGGAGCCGGUGAGCCAGUGGCCAUGCAACCCAGAGAAAACCCUGAUUGGCCACGUGCCCGACCAGUGGGAGAUCGUCUCCUUCGGCAGCGGCUAUGGUGGCAACUCCCUGCUGGGCAAGAAGUGCUUUGCCCUUCGCAUCGCCUCUCGGCUGGCCCGGGAUGAGGGCUGGCUGGCGGAGCACAUGCUGAUCCUGGGUAUCACCAACCCCGCGGGGAAGAAGCGCUAUGUGGCAGCUGCCUUCCCCAGCGCCUGUGGCAAGACAAACCUGGCCAUGAUGCGGCCGGCACUGCCAGGCUGGAGAGUGGAGUGUGUGGGGGAUGACAUCGCCUGGAUGAGGUUUGACAGUGAUGGUCGACUCCGGGCCAUCAACCCUGAGAACGGCUUCUUUGGGGUGGCCCCCGGCACCUCCGCCACCACCAAUCCCAAUGCCAUGGCCACAAUCCAGAGUAACACCCUUUUCACCAACGUGGCUGAGACCAGCGAUGGCGGCGUAUACUGGGAGGGCAUUGACCAGCCUCUUCCACCCGGCGUCACCGUGACCUCCUGGCUGGGCAAACCCUGGAAACCUGGUGACAAGGAGCCCUGUGCACAUCCCAAUUCUCGCUUUUGUGCCCCGGCUCGCCAGUGCCCCAUCAUAGACCCAGCCUGGGAGGCCCCUGAGGGUGUCCCCAUUGACGCCAUCAUCUUUGGAGGCCGCAGACCCAAAGGAGUCCCCCUGGUAUAUGAGGCCUUCAACUGGCGCCAUGGGGUGUUUGUGGGCAGCGCCAUGCGCUCGGAGGCCACUGCCGCGGCUGAACACAAAGGGAAGGUCAUCAUGCACGACCCAUUUGCCAUGCGGCCCUUUUUUGGCUACAACUUUGGGCGCUACCUUGAACACUGGCUGAGCAUGGAGGGGCUCAAGGGGGCCCGGCUGCCCCGCAUCUUCCAUGUCAACUGGUUCCGGCGCGACGAGGCAGGCCACUUCCUGUGGCCAGGCUUUGGAGAGAAUGUUCGGGUGCUAGACUGGAUCUGCCGGCGCCUAGAGGGGGAGGACAGUGCCCGAGAAACGCCCAUUGGGCUGGUGCCAAAGGAAGGUGCCUUGGAUCUCAGCGGCCUGGGAGCCAUAGACACCACCCAGCUGUUCUCGCUCCCCAAGGACUUCUGGGAACAGGAGGUUCGUGACAUUCGGAGCUACCUGACAGAGCAGGUCAACGAGGAUCUGCCCAAGGAGGUGUUGGCUGAGCUGGAGGCCCUGGAGGGACGCGUGCGCAGAAUGUGACCAGAGGCUACAGCUAGCGAGGGAGCAUGACCCCCCCCACCCCCCCUCACCCCCCGGCUCCAACCCUCCCAGGAAUAAGCGAGCUACCAGACUUGCAGAAAAUAUGAGCAACUUGACAUAACUAUCAUCUUCUGGGGGCCAUGAGACCAGGCCACAGACCCUCCCCCACAUGCUGCCCAAUAAUGAGAUGCUCAUUUAUUUAAUAUAACAUCUGUGCUGUUUUCAUUUCCUGCCUGUCUUCACAGGCUUCCCUUUAACACCAAUCUCACAAUCUUCUCCCAACCCUUCCAAGUAGCUGGUGUCCCAGUGCAGCCUGCCCUGGCACAGCCUGGUGGUAUAACGACCUCUCUCACAGGCAUCUCUGCCACCGAGCCACUGAGUAGGAAUUGCUGGGAGAAGGCAGUAACUACUCAUGUCCUGAGGUCUUAAAAAGGUGGGGCCUCUGUGAGCUGCUCAGUACAGCCUCCAGGCCUAAAAUUCCCAGUCUCCCAUCAGAGACACAGAAGCCUCUAUCACCCCACUCACCAGUGAAGCAGUUCCAUUGUCGAUUCUCAAACCUGUUCUUCCUCCUGCCUGACCUGAAAUUGGGACCCGCAAAGUAUUCAUGAAAGCUUAUUCAAUAUUAAGGCAGCUUCCAUAGUAGCUUCUGUGUGCCAGGUGCUAUUCAGGGGUGUCAGCUGAGAAUAACUUCACCCGUGAUCUGGAUCAGGCUGAGUGAAUGUAUAAACUGAGAUGGGUACGAGGG